GGUAACUUGCAAGAUUAGAAAACAAUAUUGUGUGUUUGAUAGCUAGCUUUCUAACCUAGGUGGGCGUAAAAACCAGGUCGCUAGCUAGCUAUGACCAGGGUCGUAUAAGAACAAACCGUAGCUAAACGUUUUGCAACGGAACAUCUAAACGAGCGUUUCUAAUUGGACAAAUUCGGGUCGUCGCUCCACGUUUCAGUCAGUUUUCUAGCACUUGGUGUCUAGCUAAGACGACUCGGACAUCAAGGAAGUAGCUGGAUAUCUAGCUAGCUAUUGUGUCGUUUCUAGCAAAACCUCUUGUAUAUCUAACGUUGGCUAGCUGUGCCUUUCGAUAUUUUUUAUUAAGCAGUAAGACCGAAAGGUUGUGGUAUAUGGCCAAUAUACCACGGCUUAAGGGCUGUUUCACACGACGCAACGCGGAGUGCCUGGAUACAGCCCUUAGCCAUUGUAUAUUGGCAAUAUACCACAAAACCCCUGAGGUGCCUUAUUGCAAUUAUAAGCUGGUUUCCAAGGUAUCACAACAGAGGGCCAUUAAGCACUAUGGAAAAUUAGAGGAGUUUGUGACCGUGGUAACACAAACUGUCCCAGAACUUAUGACUGACAGACAGAGGACCCUCCUUAUUUUGGGGCUGAGAGCAAGGGUAACUUUGGGGCGAUUUUCUGCUGAACACCCUGUCAGCCUCCAAACCCUCCUUUAUUCUAUAAAGUCUUCUCAACUUGCACAGGUUCAGUCCUAUGAUGCAGGCAUGGAAUCACCUGAAGCUAACUUCGCCAAGCUCACCCAAAGCUUGAUUACAGACCCAGUUGAGCGUGAACACUUCGUUCAAGUGGUGUUCCUUGAGGAAUUCAGACCUGAUUUUGACAAAGCACUUCAGGAACUGGUCUGUGACUUCCUCACUAGGUUGGAAGAGCUGCUUACACUACCAGACUUUAAGCAGACUGCAUUGUUGCUGAGUGCUGGCUCCUCUGGCCUGGAUGAAUGCCUGCAGUCUUUCUCUCACUCAGAAGAUCUCCAGUUUCUGCUCCAGAAUUACAAACAAUGCCGAACAUUGUACACAAACAUUUCCUCCUCUGACAUUCCUCAGGAAUCAGAUAUUGAAUCUGAUGCCUUCCCUGACCAGUUAAACCGUACCAAUCUGGACACUGGUGUGGCUAUGAGGACAGCACAUUUAGUGGCAAUGGGGAGCACAAGAGAUAUUAUAGGCUGCGAUGAAACCUGUGAUGAAGCGAAUGAAGAUGACAUAGAUGUAGAGGACGAGUCAGCACAGAAAAGGGCUGGUUCUGGUCUUUCUCCUACCAGUGUCAUGCAAGGUGGUGAUACAGACCCAGUUGCAGGGGUGUCGUUUCAGGUGUUGACUCCCCUUUCUUCAGCUUCAAAUGAGUGUGCCCCAUCUACUUCCAGUUCAUCACACAUGAACAUUUUCCACCAGUGUCCCCAGUGUGGGAAGUGCUUUAAUUAUCAGUCUCAACUUGUCCAACACCAGCAAAUUCACUGUGGGGAUAAUCCAUACAAGUGCUCCAACUGUGGGAAUAGAUUCAAAUUCUUUACAAGUCUGUCAAACCAUAAGAGGAUGCAAUGUGUGGGCACUGCCUUUAGCUGUCCCAAGUGCUGGAGAGAGUUUGGUUCUCUGCGUGAGAAAUUGAGACACCAGUGUCCACACAACGAAGCCAUGUCCAUCUGUCCACAGAGCGGGAAGAGUUUUAAGACAUCACCACAAUAUCCAUUCCAGUGUCGUCACUGUGCAAGGAGCUUUCCCGAAUCGAAUCAACUGGACGCCCACGAAAAAAGUCACAGUGUCGUCCAAACGCUCGACUGUCACAAAUGUGGCGUUACCUUCAGCAACUUGCCCAGUCUAGUGCACCACGUGGAAGCCCACAAGAGGUCGGAUCUGAGGCCAUCGUCGCACCUUCCAAAGAAGAAAGGAUUGCAACUUCCGAGAACACAUCAUUGCCACCAAUGUGGAAAGUCCUUUGUAACAAACCGUCGCCUCAAGGAUCACAUGCGCACUCAUAUGAAUUAUCGUCCCUUUUCCUGCUCCUACUGUGGGAAAUGUUUCACUCAGAAAGGUAAUCUCACUGUGCACAUAAGGCUCCACACAGGGGAGAGACCCUACAUGUGCUCUGUGUGUGGGAAGGCGUUUCCAUCAGGAGGGGAUCUGCAGGUACACCAGCGCUUUCACACUGGGGAGAGACCCUACCAAUGCAAAGAGUGUGACAAACGUUUUUUUAAGUCGAGCCAUUUAGUGGUCCACAUGCGUGGGCAUAGGGGAGAGCGUCCCUACACUUGCAAUGAAUGUGGGAGGGGUUUUAUCCGGAGAACUUGCUUAAAAAAACAUUUGCUAGUUCAUUCAGGGGAGAGGCCAUAUUCAUGUCUUCGUUGCCCGAAUACUUACAAACGCAGUUCACACCUGAACUAUCACAUGAAGAAAAAUCAUUGAAAGAUGUAGUGUAUUUACAAUAUGUUUUUUUUGGUAGAGCUUUUGUAAUAGUGGCAUUAGUGGAGAUGCAGGAAGUACACCCAGUACCAAACUAAUUUAUCAUAUCCUCAACACUUUAAAGCCUUGUUUCCCAGUUCAAGGGGAAGUUCAGUAAUUUACAGCUUGACGAUUCCUCAUCCUUUAAGUAGUCUAUGGGCCAGGAGACACUGUAAUCUGUGCUUCAGUUUUCUUUAAACAGACACUACAAACUAACGUGAGCCUCCACUAGCUGAUAAUCAAUGGAAGUGAUAUGGGGCAUUCAUGAAUUAAAAUAAAAAAUAAAAAGUUUUUUAAAUUGCUAAAUUACCUUUUGCUAAUGUAAAACCAAAUAUUGGAUUUAUCUCAGUUGAUUUGGCUUGUACAUUUAGAACAAUUGCAUAAUUGACCCUAUCACUCCCUUUGAUUUAUAGUUAUAGGUGUUUAAAAUUAGCUUAAGUUUGUAGUGGCUGCUUAAAGAAAACUGAACCAUAGAUUACAGGUUUUCCUGGCCCAUAGACUACUUUCAAGGUGAUGAACCAUCUAACAAUAAAUUGUUAAAUAGUGAACUUGCCCUUUUUAAAAAUCACUGCAUAAUAGUUGAGGAUGCAAAUAUGUACAUAAGCCACUGGUUGGGGCUGUUCCAUCUGUUUGUUUACGUAAUGUUAUAUGGAGUUUUGGUGAAACUGUUUAAAUGUUCAGCACCUGGAUUUAUUUCCAUGGUGAUAUAGUGAUUUAUUGUUCUGUUGAAUGCAGUAUAAUCGGCAAUCUACUCUUCUGUAAUUUAGUUAUGCAUUAAAAUAUCAAUAAACAUAUCCAUCUAAAAAUGCCAA